GCCGGGCCGCCGAGCCGAGCGGCGCCGCGUGGGGCCGAGUGGAGCCGAGCAGCCGCCGCGCCGCGUCGCCGGUUUAAGCGCAGUGCGGGGCCGCGGCCGGGGGCGGCGGUAGUGAGACCAGCGCUGCGCUCCAGCCCCCUUUUCCCUCCAUGGUUUCUCUCCGCUCCCGUGAGUAACUUGGCUCCGGGGGCUCCGCUCGCCUGCCCGCACGCCGCACGCCGCCCGGGACCGCGCCGUCGGCCUCUGCCGCGAGCAGACCCCUUCCGACGGCCCUCGCUGUGCAGGCCGGGACGCCUCUCCCCCCUCCGCCCCCGCCGCGGAAAGUUAAGUUUGAAGAGGGGGGAAGAGGGAAACAUGGACAUGAAGAGGAGAAUCCACCUGGAGCUGAGGAACCGGACCCCGGAAGCGGUUCGAGAACUUGUCUUGGACAAUUGCAAAUCAAAUGAUGGAAAAAUUGAGGGCUUAACAGCUGAAUUUGUGAACUUAGAGUUCCUCAGUUUAAUAAAUGUAAGCUUGAUUUCAGUUUCAAAUCUCCCCAAGCUACCUAAAUUGAAAAAGCUUGAGCUCAGUGACAAUAGAAUCUUUGGAGGUCUGGACAUGUUAGCAGAAAAACUUCCCAAUCUCACACAUCUAAACUUGAGUGGAAAUAAACUGAAAGAUAUCAGCACCUUGGAACCUUUAAAAAAAUUAGAAUGUUUAAAAAGCCUGGACCUCUUUAACUGUGAGGUUACUAACCUGAAUGACUACCGAGAGAGUGUCUUCAAGCUCCUGCCCCAGCUGACCUACCUGGAUGGCUAUGAUCGAGAGGACCGGGAAGCCCCCGACUCAGAUGCUGAGGUGGAUGGUGUGGAUGAAGAGGAGGAAGAUGAAGAAGGAGAAGAUGAGGAGGACGAAGAGGAUGAGGAUGGUGAAGAGGAAGAGUUUGAUGAUGAAGAGGAUGAAGAUGAAGACGAAGAUGUAGAAGGGGAAGAAGACGAAGAUGAAGUCAGUGGGGAGGAAGAAGAAUUUGGACAUGAUGGAGAAGUUGAUGAAGAUGAAGAAGAUGAAGAUGAGGAUGAGGAUGAAGAGGAGGAAGAAAGCGGGAAAGGUGAAAAGAGGAAGAGAGAAACAGAUGAUGAAGGAGAAGAUGAUUAAGAAGCUAAAUGACCUGCAGAAUCCGAACUGUUCAGUAUUGGUUGGACUGCUCAUGGAUUUGGUAGCUGUUUUUUUUAAAAAAAAAACAAAAAACAAAAAACAAAAAAAAAGUAGCUGUGAUACAAACCCCAGGACACCCACUCACCCAAAGAGCCAAAGAAUAGUUCCUGUGACAUUCCGCCUUCCUCCAUUUAGUCCCUCUUGGUAAUCCACCACCAAGCUUAGGGACUUUACCCCAACAAAAUUGUAAGCGUUGUUAGGUUUUUGUGUAAGACUCUUGCUGUAGCGUGGAUAGCUGUGAUUGGUGAGUCAACCGUCUGUGGCUACCAGUUACACUGAGAUUGUAACAGCAUUUUUACUUUAUGUACAACAAAAAAGCUUUGUAAAUAAAAUCUUAACAUUUUGGGUCUGUUUUUUCAUGCUUUUCUUUUCAAUGAAUUUUUUUUUUAACAUUAGGACAUUUUAUGUGACAACUGCCAAAAAAGUAUUUUUAAGAAUUUAAGUGAAAUAAACACAUUACUCUUUGGUAAA